AUGGGAAUCCCGUUCAAGCCGCCGUGGUCAACGCUCGAAUCUGUUCAUUCAUCAUUCCCGUCGGCAGCAGCCGUAGAGCAGCACCAUGAAAGCUUUCGGCGAUGCGUGGACGAUUGGGAUUCUCGCGUGUCGGUGCUGACACACCAGUUGCAGGCUCGGAGCCACUCAGCAUGUGAAUUAGACAGGUGGCACAACGUGAUUGGCAACAGGAGGUCUUACACCGGUUGCUGCCUUGCCUGCUGCUAUUUGGAAAAUCUCCUGCAGGCACCCCCCCCUCCGGUCCCUUCGCUUCUUCCAACUCACAAUCCUCUGCUGGGGGAAAAAAUAGCAGAUCAGCAUGAGGAUGGGGAUGCGGGUGAAGCUGGUGAUAGUGAUGUGGAGGACAGGGAGGAUAGGGGAGGGCGGGAGGACAAGGAGGAGCGGGAGGGUGGGGAUGGGGAUGGUGGAUUGGAGAAGAGUCAACAGGAGCGAGGUGGGGACGAAGGGAGAUUAGGGGGAGGGGUUGGGGAAGAUGAGGAUAGCGGAGGGGGAGGACCAGCUGAGGCGAGGGGUGAGGGUGGUACAAGCAAGAGUGACAGAACUGAAGGUGAUAAUGGCGAGGGGGAAGGGGAUGGAGGCGAAGAGGUUUGGGAAGAAGGCGAAGAAAAGGAUUCAGGAGAGGAGGACGGGGAGGACGGGGAGGACUGGGAGGGCGGGAAUGCAGUGGAGGAGGAGGGAAGGGAGGGAGGGGGAGAGGAGGAGCUGCUAGUGCUGCUCGUGGCGCUGGUUGCAGGGGAGGAUGGGAGGGGCGCAGGGUGGGAUGGAGGUUUGGCUGGAGGAUUGGGCGAGGGGGAGGCGGAUGAGGGGCUCCGGGAGUUGCUUCGUUCCGACUGGUUCAAAUCGGCAGACUAUUUCACACCGGCUCUAGACGCGCUCGCAACAGGGGCGGCUGUGCUUCUAGUGAUCGACUCUGCUCUUGCAGCUAACCCCGCUGUUGCCCGGGGGAUUGCUGCUUACAACAGAAUGCUCCAGGCAGUGCGUUGCAGCAUGGAGGCAUACUCCACGGUGCGCAGCGGUGCAAAGCGGUGCCAGAAGAAGGGAGGGAGAGGAAGCAGAGGGCAACGCGAAGAGUUCGAGUUGUCUCUGGCGGAGCUUCAGGGGUUGCUGAUGAUGCUGGAAGCAGCAAUAGGGCCGCAAGGCCAGCAGGAAACCUUUUUCCAGAGCUGGAAGGAGAGUGUGGCCCGGGCAGUGGGUCCUGAAGCACCUCCCCUCGCUGCUGCAGCAAAGGCCGGGAAAGGAGGAAAGGGGGGCAGGGCAAAGGCAGGUGCGGGGCGACAGGUGCUGAGCGGGCGGGCGCUGUGGUGGCAGCAGCAGAGGUGGCUGCUCCCGCUGAUGGCUCAUUCGAAUGCUUCUGCUGAUUCGGCACUCCAUGCCAUUGCCAGUCACUCCGAGCAGCACAACACGCGCCGCCAUUUAGCCGGAUGCAUUGCUCUCUUCCUCUCACUCGCACCCAUAGCAGCGUCGGGCUAUGAGAAGCAACUCAUAAAGGCCACCCCAAGCCUCUUCGAAGCGAUCCGGCUGCAUCCUCUGCUACCUCUAGCCGGACCCCUCCCCCUCUCGGUCACUCUCCCCCCCCUCCUCGCUCUCCACCUGCCCCCUGCACUUCUGGCGGUUUCUCCUGCGCCCUUCUGCACCCUGGGGGAGGGCAUGGGCGGGGGGCCGGGGGGAUCGAAAAGGGCAGGGGGAAAGGGGGAGGUGAAAGCAGGGAAGGGGAGUGUGGAGGGGAGGGGGAACGGAGGAGAGAGUGCGCGCGGAGUGAGGGAGAGUGCGCGCGGAGUGAGGGAGAGUGCGCGCGGAGUGAGGGAGAGUGCGUGCGGAGUGAGGGAGAGUGCGCGCGGAGUGAGGGAGAGUGCUCGCGGAGUGAGGGAGAGUGCGCGCGGAGUGAGGGAGAGUGCGCGCGGAGUGAGGGAGAGUGCGCGCGGAGUGAGGGAGAGUGCGCGCGGAGUGAGGGAGAGUGCGCGCGGAGUGAGGGAGAGUGCGCGCGGAGUGAGGGAGAGUGCGCGCGGAGUGAGGGAGAGUGCGCGCGGAUCAUUCCUUCAACCCCUCAUUCGAGACGUCAUAGCGCAGCGCACCUCCCUCUGCACGCCGUCUCAUCGCCUCCUCUCUCUUCUCUGCACAUCCCACCGCACCACACCUUCCCCACACAUCCCAUACGCAAUGCAGUUAUUCCUUCGUCCCCUCACUCGAGACGUCAUCGCCGACCUCCAUCUGCAUGCCAUCUCACACUCCGAUCUGCUCUCUGCCAAUCCGCGCUUCAACCCCCGCAAGACAGGGGUGCGCAAUCUGCUGCAGUUCCUGCAGCUGCCGCCCAUCCGCCUGCUCUCGAGGCAGAUUGACAUACACACAGCUCACUCGCUGCUGCUGCAGUUCAUAAAGCAAAUACAGCGACAGCAGCAGUUGCAGCAGCAGCAGCAAGGGAAAAAACAGCAGGAAAGCCAAGCUACUGGUCUGGCAGUUCCUGUCAACACUGUUUCUUCUGCUGCUGCUGUUACUGGUGGGAAAGGCUCUCCUGGUGCCACUGGUGCGGGUGUCGGAGUUGAGCCUACUUUUGAGACUGACGCUGGUGUGGCAUUGACAAUGGAGGCGGUGGAUGAGCUAAAAAAUAAACUCCAGGAGAUUUUAGUGGAUCCUGAUUGGCGGGCAUCCAAGCCCGGCCCUGCUGCCAAACCCCACCAUACAUCUGCUGCCAAACCCCACCAUACAUCUGCUGCCACUGCAUCAGCAUUGCUAUCAUCAUCAGCAGCAGGAGAUGGAGUUUCAGGGAAGGGGAAAGAUGAGAAGAGUGGAAGAGGAGGGGCAGAGAAGUGGCCGUGGGGGGAGGUGGUGGUGGAUGAGAUGAGGGAGCUUGGGGUAGCGCUUGGGUUUGUCCUGGCUGCUGCUACAGCUGCGUGCCACAGUUCGGAGCACACUCUCAGCGCCCUUCCCUCACUCGCUGCAGGAUCACCUCUCCACCAAUUCCUCCUUGCCUCGCCUCUCUUCCACCAGUCUCUCGUCCUCCUCUCCUCUCUUUCCAACGCUCUCCGCCCAGCAGCGCGCACUCAACCUGUGCCGCUGCUCCAUCUGCUCGUGAACCUCUUUCAAAGGGAGCUGCAAGGCUCGCCACAUCGCCCUUUCCUCACGCUCCCUGCCGCCAUACCCCCACUCUCCCUACUUUUGGCGUCCAAGAAGCAGCUAGCGCAGCAGAGAUUAGCAGAUGCAGUGGCAGGUGGUGGCAGGGACGGUCGUGUGGGGGGAGACAGGACUGUUAAUGGGGCUGCCGCUGCUGCAUCUGCCGAACCUGCAGCUUCACAGCCGGAGCUGUCUCCCGAGCUGACUCACCAGCUUCGGCAGAGAGAGCGAAUGCUGGCAGGUAUGGCAGAGCAGCUGAGCCUAAUGAAUGUAGUAACCGUCGCUGCUCUUCGGUUGUUUGACUCCGGACCAGCUGCCACAUACUGA